AUGGUUUCAACUUCGAGUACAAUCCAUGCCAUAAGUGCAGUGCUAGCGUUAACUGUUUGCAUUCCCAUGACGGAAGCAUUGGGCGCUUUUCUUAACGUUGCCAUACACAACAGUGGAUUCCAUCGUGAUAUACAUUAUGGCCUUCGGUUUGGCGGCAUCGGACGCAUGUCCUGUGAGCUAUUGCUCGUACAGCACCUACCGGCAGCAAUCUACGUCAACACGGACCAGCUGGUGGAUAUGAAGCGUUUCCACAAAAUCAACAGCUACGUGCCUUUGUACGUCGAUGUGGAAAAGCCGGCCAGUAAAUCGUACCCAUUCACCGUGUACUUAUACGAAUCGGUCCGGAGGGAAAUCAACAUUACGCUACCGAUCCAUUUCCGCUAUCACGAUCCGUCCGGGCGCAAGUUCGAACGGAUUCAAGUGGAAAGUCCCACACUGUAUGUGCGGUGUAGUAAUGUGCAUGCAAGCAAGUAUCCGCUACGAACGGUUGGCAAAGCAAAUCUACCCUGCUCGGACAGUGCGGAGAUAGAAGACUACGAUAAGCUAGACCAGGCGGAACUAUGUGAAUGGGAUGAGAUGGAAUUCAAUAACCUACCUACGGUAAUAAGUGUUUUGAUUCCGGUCGGAAAUAGUGCAUCGUACAGCUUCGUGCUACCGGCCACCAUCAUUGUCAGCUGGAUCGGCAGUAUGUAUCUGAUCUACGUGAUUCUUAAGGUGGGACGAAAGGUCAACAAAAAGCUGCUCUAA